AUGGAGGUUUUCUUGAAUAACAUUCCUCAGCAGCUGACGGAUCGGACUCUGGAGAAGCAGCUCGAGCCUUAUGUGACUGCACUUGGCAUCAAUACAUGGUCGUGCUCUGUCAAGCCGGGUGGUAAAGUUGGCUGGAUCACAUUUUUACACCGGGAAGGCGGCGCAGCCUUUCUGCGACGCCAUGGCGAGCAGCCACUCCCGGAUCAGACGACUAACGGUCAUGUAGACGGCCAAAUUCCUUCUUCCAAAAAGACACAACGUCCAAAUACAAGAGCUAAACUUCAAAUUCUGGGAGCUCCCGUCUUUGCCCGAGAAAGCCACAAAGCUCCGGAUCCCUUCCAUCUCAAAUGCCUCCUCCACCGUCUCCAAGAAAAGCCUAGGGCACAGAACCGACAUGAGGAGCCCUUUUCUAAGGGAACCGUUACGUUCGACGCCAAGCAUGUUGCAUGCGGUCACAACUCCUUUCGAAAUGACCGCAAAGCCUUGACAUUUGUCGAACAGUACCGCCUCGGUGGCGAGGCCACUGCCAGGUUCGGCAAGAAAAUGAUCAUCUUGAAGUUCAGAAGCGGCGUCAAGGCCGAGAUGGCUUACUCUUCUGUUUACGAGCUGAUUCACUCCUCUCCUGGCACGAUCACCCUGGUACUUUCUGAACCACCCAAGUUCUACCGCCCGGGUAUCGGACUCGACGAGCGGCUGUCCCGACUGACGCUCGUGAAACCGAAUUUCCAUCAAAAGAAAUCCAUACGCUGCACCAACCUUCCGGGCGCUCCCCCGAACUUCAACUGCGCCGGCGAAUGUCUGGUGUAUCAAUUUAGUGCCAUGGAUGCGAACUUGGACGACAAGAUGAUGGCGCUGCGGAACCGCGGGCUGUUGAACAUCGCUCACUUCCAUAUGGCUUACGACGGAAGCCCAGCGCCUGGGACGGUUGACCACCGAAGCUCGUGGGAGAUCUUCUACAAAUGCUUAACGCGUUUGGGAACAGAAACGGUCCUGCCGUUCCGCGUUCUGUUUUUCAUGCAGUCCCUAGUAUGGAACAAUUUUCUACAUCCCCGCGUGGCUUACGACUUGCUGCUCAAAAUCGAGAUGCUCUUCAGAGAAGCAAGAAAAGCGAGGCGCCCAGAACCCAUAUCUGAGCAGACAUUCCAGAAUCUCCGCGAUGGGUCUCGGGAUUGUCUACCUUUCCCGACUCACGACACCCCUCCACACGUCUUGUAUCCGGAUGAGAUUCUGAAAUAUCUACUUGAAAUGGAAGAACGUAUGCGAGCUGAGGAUGACUACAGAACUACUCUAUACGGUGCGGAUGUGUCCCAUCACCAAACGUGGGUCUUCAAAGCCAUGGUGACGCCAUUCAGGGUCACCCUUCAUGGGCCCGAGAUUGAACCGCUGAACCGCAUCCUUCGCAAGCAUCAAAAACAUACAGAUUAUUUUAUGAGAGUACAGUUCUGUGACGAGGAUGGCACCGACCUCUGGUUCAACCCCAAGAUUGACUACCAGGAGGUCUUCCAGCGUUACAAAGCCGUGCUUAACAGGGGUAUCCAGGUCGCCGGACGCAUAUACCAGUUCCUCGGCUUCUCCCACUCUUCCCUACGGUCUCAUGCAGCCUGGUUUAUGGCCCCGUUCGUCGAUGGCAACGGCGAUAUGCAGUUGUACCACAACAUCAUCAAAGCCCUCGGCGAUUUUGAGCACAUCCAAGUUCCAGCCAAGUGCGCCGCCCGGAUCGGGCAGGCAUUUUCUGAGACGCCAGCGUUCAUCUCACUCAAUGACUGUGACAUACACGUUCGGGACAUCCCUGACAUCAAAUCUUGCCUCGGAGGCGACGAGCGUGUCUUUAGCGACGGGGUGGGGACCAUUUCCAAAAAGGCUCUUGAACUGAUCUGGCCUCGUUUGCCGCGAGGGUCCCUCAUUCCCACCUGUCUACAGAUCCGAUGGGGCGGCGUGAAAGGGAUGCUGUCACUUGAUUCGAGACUUCCUGGUCGCGUCAUAUGCAUCCGACGAGAGUCCAUGGAAAAGUUUCCGAGCCGAGACACCGAGAACCUCGAGAUUUGUGAUGGCGCGUCGAAGCCGCUAAAAAUGGUGCUCAAUCGUCAAAUGAUCAAGAUCAUGGAAGACCUGGGCGUCCGCAAUGAAUUCUUCCUCCGGUUGCAGAAGGCGGAACUUGACCGGCUCCGAGCUGUUACCGCGGACGCAUACAACACCGGGACCUUCUUGCAUGUGCAAGGCAUAGGGCUCAACUUCUUCCUGCCAACAUUUAUCAAGAGCCUAGAUCGAUACGGUAUCGACUACAGGGGCGACAGCUUUCUGCGGGCAGUAGUGCAGAAUGUUGUUCUUCAAGAACUGCGAUUGCUGAAACAUAAAGCUAGAAUCCCGGUCCCGAAUGGCGUCACGGUCUUCGGUGUGAUGGACGAGACUGGCUUCUUGAGAGAGGGAGAGGUGUACGUCGCGUAUGAUACGUACCGACGCCCCGGAAGGACCUCCGUCGAUGGAUCACUCAGAGACGGCCCCGUGCUGGUAACGCGGUCGCCCGCCUUGCAUCCCGGGGACAUCCAACUAGCUAGAUCCAGAACACCCCCUCCGGGCCACCCGCUGCGAGACUUGCGCAACUGCAUAGCCUUCAGUCAGUCUGGAAAGCGCGACCUGCCCAGCCAGUUAAGCGGUGGUGAUCUCGAUGGUGACCUCUAUAACGUUAUCUGGGACAGAGACGCCAUGCCAGGUGUUACCUACAAUGCUGCUGACUACCCCCGCGUGACGCCGGCGGCCCUCGGCAGAGCGGUCCAGAGGGAAGACAUGGCCAACUGGUUUGUCGACUUCAUGCAGUCGGACUGUCUCGGACUGAUCGCGACGAGGCAUCUUGUUUUGUCAGAUCAGAACCCUGACGGCACACUCAGUGAUGCUUGCCUCACACUUGCUGGGCUGCACUCGACGGCCGUCGACUUUUCCAAAACUGGUAUCCCGGUUGACCCGCGAGAGAUACCCAAGGCUCCGAGAUUCCGCCCAGACUUUCUGGCGCCUGCUCCGCCUGCGCGCAUCUUCAACCGAAGCGAGAUCGAAUUCCUGGCUCCCGAGAACCCCACGGAUGAAGACGAGGAGGAAGCUCUACCAGCACACCAGUACUACAAAUCUGAAAAGAUUUUGGGUGUCCUCUACCGGAAUGUGGACGAGAGGCAGAUCUGGAAUGAGGACAUCCGGCGUAUCGUUGACAGAACAGGUCCUUCGGUGUGGGAGCAGUUUGCGGGGCUCAUGCACAGAAAGAUAUACGACUAUAGCAGUGGCAGAGUGACAUGGAAGAAAAGACAAGUCGAGGCCCGAAGGCUUCGCGACGUGUUGGAUUCACCGUAA